AUGGCCGGUAGUGGAGGUGACGCGCCGCCUCUGCCGGCGUCUAACGGCGGCGAAUUCCUCCUCUCCUUGCUCCAAAAAAGCCCCACACCACCACUACCAAGGUCGCUCGCCCCAUCCCCCGCACCAGCAGCAGUCCCCCGUGCUCGAUCCCGCCGUCGCCGCCGUGGGCCCCACCGUGCCUUUCCAGCAGCCGUGGGGAUCGUCGCCGCCGUCGUCAUCCAACGGCCGAGAUCAUUAUCCCCAUCAGAUUCCGAGCCCUUCGUCGUCUCUCUGGCCCAAUUCGCUUUCGGCACCAACCAAUUCAAUCAAAUCCCAGAAAACCUCGCCGACGAGUUGAGGAAGAUCGGCCUGGCCCAGCAGAAACAUCACCAAGAACAACAGAAGCUCAAGUUCGGAUAUUUACCCGGCGAUGUAAUCCGAAACCCGGAGUUGUCUUCAGCAGCUCCCGUUACUUCCUCUGAAAUCGCCAAGCUCAGCAAUGGCUUGGACCGCAAUCUCCACUUGAAUUCCAGCAAUUCGUCAGCUUCCAAUGAGUUUCGUCGUGCGAAUUACGGUUCCGGGGAGGGGGAAUUAAGAGGGGGCGGCGGAGGGGAGAGGGGGAAGCAAGUUCAUAGGACAAUGCCGCCGCCGGGGUUUGGAAACAAGCCUCGGGGAGGAGGGAAUUGGGAUUCCGGGGGUAGGAGGGGAGGCAUGGAGUAUAAUGUGGAUAGGGAGAGGCAGAGUUCUAGUGGAUUUGCGAGGAAUAGGGAGGGUUCUUUUGACAAUGAGAGAGUGAGAAGAUUGGCAGGUGAAGAUGGUGGGAUGAGAGGAAAUGGGGAUGGUAGAAAGGGGCUCAGUGCACAGCUUGAUCGCCCUGGUCCGCCCGCUGGCACGAAUCUCCAUUCGGUUUCUGCUUCGGAGAUUGAGGAGUCGAUGAUGAAUUUCGACGGUGGAGAGAGGGCAAGAAAGGAUAGUGACGGGGUUGAAGAUGUUGGCCAACACUCGCUUGAGGAGGAAAGGGAUGACAAGAUUGAGGGGAAGCAACACCAUAAGGAUUCAAGAUCAGAUGACAGAGGACAACACCAACUUAGCCAAAGAAUGAGAUCCUACAAAAGACAAACGCUAUGUCGCUUUGACAUAGACCGAUUUAAUGCUCCUUUUCUUGAAAUUUUUGACUCCCUGAUACCAACUGAGGAAGACAAGGCCAAGCAGAAGCAAUUAUUAACAUUAUUGGAGAAUAUAAUAUGCAAAGAGUGGCCUGAUGCUCGCCUAUAUAUCUAUGGAUCAUGUGGCAACUCAUUUGGAGUUUCUAAAAGUGAUAUUGAUCUCUGUCUGGAGAUUGGUGAAGAAGAUAUUAACAAAUCUGAGAUCUUACUCCGGUUGGCUGAACUUCUGGAGUCAGACAAACUAGAGAACGUACAGGCAUUGACACGUGCUAGGGUACCCAUAGUAAAGCUUAUGGAUCCUGUCACUGGAAUCUCCUGUGAUAUAUGCAUCAACAACAUUUUGGCUGUGGUGAAUACAAAGCUUCUUCGUGAUUAUGCAAAUAUAGAUGCAAGAUUACGACAAUUGGCUUUUAUUGUAAAACAUUGGGCCAAGUCCAGAGGAGUCAAUGAAACUUAUCAUGGAACCUUAUCGAGCUAUGCGUAUGUUUUGAUGUGUAUUCAUUUCUUACAACAGCGGAGACCUGCUAUUCUUCCCUGUUUACAGGGAAUGCGGGCAACAUACUCUGUCACUGUAGAGAACAUUGAAUGUGCUUUCUUUGAUCAAGUAGACAAGCUUCAAGAUUUUGGAUCCCAUAACAGGGAAACUAUUGCUGAACUUGUGUGGGCAUUUUUCAAUUACUGGGCAUAUAGCCAUGACUACGCAAAUACUGUCAUAUCUGUUCGUAGAGGAAGAACAAUCAGCAAGCGGGAAAAGGACUGGACAAGGAGGAUUGGAAAUGACCGGCAUUUGAUAUGCAUAGAGGAUCCUUUCGAGACAUCCCAUGACCUGGGACGAGUUGUGGACAAGCACAGCAUAAAGGUUUUGAGGGAGGAGUUCGAACGUGCGGCCGAGAUAUUGCAGUAUGAUGCAAAUCCCUGUGUCAAGCUCUUUGAACCGUACGUUCCUAGCGUCUAGCCGUUUUAUUAGUUUCUCUUUUUACAUUAUUGGAUAUUGUUUACUAGUUGAGCAAAAUUUUGGUUGCAGUGUGGCACCAUGGUAAAGUGUGCUACUUUUGUAAAGUACGUUGUUACCACAGUUUCAUCGAUGUUUGUUAUGUGUGUAGCGUUUUUGAUGUUAAAGCCUCUAAUUUCCAUUUUUCCUUUCAAAUGUGC